AUGGGCAAAGGCACCGACAAACUUUACAUCACCCACAGCGAGUGGUCCAGCGGCGACAACUACUCGGCUUCCGCCGGCGCCAAGUCGCGCUCCGGUGGUGCUUCCUUUCGCCGACUGCCUUUCAAUUUCUGCGCCGCCAGCCUCCAGCCCUUCAAGAACCCCGUGUGCACCAGGAGCGGCACCAUAUUCGACGUGGAGGUCAUCGACUCGUGGCUACAGAAACACAAGACAAACCCCGUGGAUGGCGAGCCGCUGAGCGCCAAGGACCUCAUCAAGCUCAACUUUGCUCGCAACGCCGAGACCGACUCGCGCACGCCUGGAUUCAGCGACGGCCGCGGCGAUCUCAUCGAUCCUGUCUCGUACAAAGUCUUCACCGACAAUACACACAUCGUUGCCAUUCGUCAUGGCGCCUACGCCAAUGUCUUUGCGUGGGAUACGGUGCAGAAGAUGAACAUCAAGGCGAAGAACUGGAAGGAUCUUGUGGACGACGAGGACUUCACUCGCGCCGACAUCAUCACGCUUCAAGACCCACAAAACGCCGCGAGCCGCGACCUUAGCCAAUUCAAAUAUCUGAACGACGGCCAAGAGGCUCUCUUGACUAAGGAGCAGGAGGAGGAGCGCAAGAACGGCAACGUCAACGUCGAUGCUCUAGGCCGUAUCGGCGACAAGGUUCUCAGGGCGAAACUGGCCGUGGAAAAAGCCCGCAAGGAACGCGAGGCCGGUGGCGAUGUGAACCGGACGGCGGCCGGCGGUGCCCUGGUCAAAUCUGCGGCCGUCGCGCCGAGGACGUCGAUGAUCAACGACAAGAAGCAGGCUCCGAACGCUGCCGUCUACACCACAGGACGUGCCGCCGCCAGUUUCACCAGCACGGGACUGACUCCGGAGACGAGCGGCGAGCGCGCACUCAUAUCGGACGAGGAAUACAUGCUCAAGCCGAAGCGUAUCAAGACUUCGGGCUACGUUCGUAUCGAAACAAACCUUGGCGAGCUCAAUAUUGAGCUGUUCCCAGAAUUCGCUCCUCGUGCUGUAUGGAACUUUAUCAAGCUCGCUCAGAAGGGCUACUACAACGGAGUAGCAUUCCACCGCAACAUCCGCAACUUUAUGAUUCAGGGCGGAGACCCCACAGGGACGGGCAAAGGUGGCACAAGCAUCUGGGGCAAGAACUUUCCGGACGAAUUCGAGGGCCCUCUGACACACGAAGCGCGCGGCUUGCUGAGCAUGGCCAACAAGGGCAAGAACACGAACUCGAGUCAGUUCUUCAUUCUUUACCGCGCUGCUAAGCAUUUGGACCGCAAGCACACUAUCUUCGGCAAGGUCGUCGGAGGACUGGAUGUCCUCUCCAAGAUUGAGAAUGUGGCUACAGAUAGCUCCGACCGUCCUAUCGACGACAUUGUCAUGAAGAACGUCGUGGUUUAUGUGGAUCCCUUUGAUGAAUUCCAGAAGCAAAAGCUCGAGCGCGAAAAGGCCGACAAGGCCAAGGAGGCCAUCAAGCUAAGUGGUGGCACGGAAGACGACCGUACCACGUGGACGGGCAAGAGACUCCGCGCGGAUGGCACUUCUGCCGGCGAAACCAUUGGAGGCGGCGUAGGGAAGUAUUUGUCCUCACAACAGCCCAGCGAGGAAGUGGUAGGGGACAACCUGGACACAUGGAACGAGCCGCCGAAGAAGAAGGCAAAGAGUGGCGGCUUUGGCAAUUUCGAUAAUUGGUGA